AUGACACGUCAAAACUGUACUAACUCUGAAUCGGCAAACUUCCGCAGGGCAUUCAUUUCUCAACAGAAAGAAGUGGAGACAGUGGAGUAUAAAUAUACUAGACUAAUAAAUGAACCUACAAAAGUACGUGUAAAUGUUGAUCUCAAAGCACCUGAUCUCUAUCUCUUACUACGAAAAGCUAUCGAACGGUUAUAUGAUUUCAAAUGUUGCAAGAUGCAUCUAUCACAAGCUCUCGCUCGAAAUUUAAACACUCGGCACUGGAACCGACGUAUUUGGGAAGUCGGGUAUAGAGGACAAAUUCUUCCACAACAGAAAGCAACAGGCCGUCCCGAUUAUCCUGUAUCGGCGAACCGUGUCAACAUACUGCGCGAAAGACUUGCAAGAGAGCAAAUCGUUAUGAAUUUGCUCACUCGCCCAUAUUCUACAGCCGACGCAGAAUUGACCUAUCUUAGUUCUCAAAAGAAUGUAAAAUCAUUGGAAGAGUUACGAGUUCAAGAGUUCAAGAACCUCGAAGCUCAACGAAUGCCAGGAAAACCGAAAAACACUGAAGGUUCGAAAACGACGAUCAGAAAGCGGGCGAACGUCGGAAAUCUUUUACAUUGUCACACAACAGUUGAGGAUUCUUUAUCAGCCCUCGGAGACAGAAAACGAUGGGAUUAA